AUGGCGGCCAUUUCUGCAAGUUCUUCCCUUUCCCUUCGCUGCUUGAGAUCGGCAUGUCCUGAUUCUUCUCCCGAUCUCGUAUCCUCGACGCGGGUAUCGUUCCCGGCGAAGGUUUCAUAUCUCUCCGGUAAAUCUUCGAACCGUGGCGAUGAAAUGGGUAAGAGAAUGGAAGGAAUCGUUAGGAGCGUCGACGGGAAAAUCUCUGACGCAUCUUACUCCGAAUCUUCAUCUGCAACUCCAAAAUCGAAUAUUAACUUCAUUAUCGAUGUGAAUAGGGUGAGGAAACACACAAUAUCAGUGUUUGUUGGAGAUGAAAGCGGAAUGAUUAAUAGGAUUGCAGGAGUCUUUGCGAGGAGAGGAUACAACAUCGAGAGUCUUGCUGUUGGUCUGAACAGAGACAAGGCUCUAUUCACCAUAGUUGUCUGUGGGACUGAAAGGGUACUUCAGCAGGUCAUCGAGCAACUCCAGAAGCUCGUUAAUGUUCUAAAGGUUGAAGAUAUCUCGAGUGAGCCGCAAGUGGAGCGUGAACUGAUGCUUGUAAAAGUGAAUGCGCAUCCAGAAUCCAGGGCAGAGAUCAUGUGGCUCGUUGACACAUUCAGAGCAAGAAUUGUAGAUAUUGCGGAACAUGCAUUGACUAUUGAGGUAACUGGAGAUCCUGGAAAAAUGAUUGCUGUAGAAAGAAAUUUGAGAAAGUUUCAGAUCAGAGAGAUUGUCAGGACAGGAAAGAUAGCACUGAGAAGGGAAAAGAUGGGUGCUACUGCUCCAUUUUGGCGAUUCUCAGCAGCAUCCUAUCCAGAUCUCAAGGAGCAAGCACCUGUUAGUGUUCUUCGAGGCAGCAAAAAAGGAGCUACGGUCCCUCAAAAUGAAACAACAGCAGGGGGAGAUGUUUAUCCCGUUGAGCCACCUUCUGACCUCAUGGUACAUCGUGUUCUUGACGCUCACUGGGGACUUCUCACGGACGAAGAUCAUAGAUUGGUAGCGGUUUCAGAAUGUGGACAUGCUGAAACCGAGGGCAUUUCACGCAUUACAACAGUUGUUCCUGCAACAGAUGAAUCGGUUAGCAAAUUGGUGCAGCAACUUUAUAAACUCGUAGAUGUGCAUGAGGUCCAUGAUCUUACUCAUUUGCCAUUUGCUGAAAGAGAGCUGAUGCUGAUCAAGAUUGCUGUGAACGCUGCUGCAAGAAGAGAUGUCCUGGACAUUGCUAGUAUUUUCAGGGCUAUAGCUGUUGACGUAUCCGAUCAUACAAUUACUUUGCAGCUUACUGGGGAUCUAGACAAGAUGGUUGCACUACAGAGGUUGCUGGAGCCUUACGGUAUAUGCGAGGUUGCAAGAACAGGGCGUGUCGCAUUGGCUCGUGAAUCAGGAGUGGACUCCAAGUAUCUGCGAGGGUACUCGUUUCCCUUAACAGGUUGA